AUGUCUUCCAACCAGCAGCAACCCCUCCCCUUCGUCUACCAAUUCGCCGCUGGCGCGGUGGCUGGUGUGUACCCGUUGGAUGUGGUCAAGACACGAGUUCAGCUUCAGACGGGUACCCCGACGGCGGGUGCUGACCACUACAAUGGCAUGUUUGACUGCCUCCGCAAGAUUGUCAAGAACGAGGGUUUCUCCCGCCUUUACCGUGGUAUCUCUGCGCCCAUCCUGAUGGAGGCUCCCAAGCGUGCGACCAAGUUCGCGGCCAACGACAGCUGGGGCAACUUCUACCGCGGGCUGUUCGGCGUGCAGAAGCAGACGCAGGGGCUGGCGACGCUGACCGGCGCCACGGCCGGCGCCACGGAAGCUUUCGUGGUGGUUCCGUUUGAGCUGGUCAAGAUCCGUCUGCAGGACAAGGCAUCGGCCGGUAAGUAUAACGGCAUGCUGGACGUGGUCAAGAAGGUCGUGCAGACCGAGGGCCCGCUCGGUCUGUACAAGGGCCUGGAGUCUACGUUGUGGCGCCACAUCCUGUGGAACGCGGGUUACUUCGGCUGCAUUUUCCAGGUGCGCGCCCAGCUUCCUGCGCCUGAGCCCGGCAACAAGAGCCAGCAGACCCGCAACGACCUCAUCGCUGGUACCGUCGGUGGUAUCGCCGGUACCGUGCUCAACACGCCGAUGGACGUCGUCAAAUCCCGCAUCCAGAACGCCACCAAGGUGCCCGGCCAGACCCCCAAGUACAACUGGGCCUGGCCUGCCAUUGGCACCGUCAUGAAGGAGGAGGGCUUCGGUGCCCUGUACAAGGGCUUCAUCCCUAAGGUCCUGCGUCUGGGCCCCGGUGGCGGUAUCCUGCUCGUGGUGUUCACCGGCGUUAUGGACUUCUUCCGCAAGAUGCGCGGCGAGUAA